AUGAAUGAUUUUCAGAAGAACUGUGACGUUGAUAUCGAGCUAAAUGAGUUGGAUAUAGGAAUGAACAGAAGAAGUUGGACGGGUUUGGUCGAUUUUUUGGGUUUAUUGGGUACUGAAGAGACGGAAUUUAAUUGUAUACAAAAGGAAAACCAGGAGUCAGAUUUGGCUACGGAAUCCAAAGUGAACGCUUUAUGUGUUGGUUGCACACUACGGGUGCGUUCCUGGCGUAUUAAUAUGAACUAUCCUGCCAAUUCCACUCGACUUGGUGUUAUUCGUGUUGAGAAUGCUGUCAUAAGCACCCAGAUAUCAAAAACGAAUUUCCGUCAUAUUUUCUUUUAUGGUUCAAAUUUGAUCGUGGUGCAGCAGAGACGGCUUGAAACAUUAACGAAGUUUGUGUUGAAGGUAAUAUUUUUGGGUGAAGAUGCUACUCGAGAGUGUGAUCUACAAGUUAAUAUUGUUGUGCCCGAGACGAUGAAGUUCUACUAUGUUCAUACGCAUAGAGCUUCGUGUUUAUCACUUAUGAAUUCGUUCAGAUUCUUCUGUGGUUUGUUGGAUUUCUGGGCACAAUUUAGCGAGUUGCAAGAUCAGGUUGCUAAGAGCAAGCGGACUGUUGUAAUCGACGAAGUGCGCUCGAAAAUUUCAUUAAAUAUAAAUGUGAAAUGUCCAGCAACUGUAGUGCUUCCUCUGAAUCAGUUCAGCGAUGACUUAGUGGUGCUUGAGUCCGAUGGAUUCCGAUUGACCAAUUCAUUCAACCGAAUGGGUACGAUAAAGGACUUUUUCCAGAAGAAUUUCAUUGACACUGAUUACGGUUACGCGGUUCGGAAGCCCAAUGCUAUUCUUGGUGAUGGCGGCAUAGGUUCAAGUUUCCGUAUUUGA